AGUGUCAAGUUGUGUAGUAGCGCCAAAGAUCCGUGAAGGUAGUUCUUUUUAGUCCUAGUGUUUUUUUCGGUAGAUUAGGCGUGUAUCUUCACUAGAAGCAUGGAAGAAAUUGUCGCAAAACUGUUAGUGCCGAAUAGUAAAACUAUUGAGCAGGGAACCAAAGAGCUUAAGGAGGCCUUUAAGAAACCCGAAGCGGUACCGGCCUUGUGCGAUGUAGUAGUCGGUUCUUCGAAUGCCGAAGUCAGGCAAACGGCAGCUGUCCUUUUACGUAGACGCCUAGGCAAGAAAAGCCACUGGAACAGGAUCGAUCCGGAGGUACGAAAAAGAAUUAAGCAGGGGAUGUUACAAGCGUUAGUGAACGAAAACGUCAAGACCGUAAAGAAUGCCAUCGCUCAGUUCAUCGGAAUUCUGGGAAAGCACGAGUUUCCGAACAAUACGUGGCCUGAGGUUUUACAAUUCAUCCACACCCUCUGCGGAAGUGAUAAUAUUUUGGAUAAAGAAUUAGGAAUGUACGCACUGUCGAUAAUGACUGAGAUUUCGAAGGACUCGUACAUUAUUCAUUUGGAAUCGUUUGCCGUGCUGUUUAAUACAACGUUCAGCUCACUUCCGAGUGUUAACUGUGAUUUAGCUUAUUAUACUGUCGUAACUAUGAAACAUUUGGUGCCAAUCAUCACUGGUCAUCAGCAGAUGAUCACCUUAUACUACAAUCUGCUUCCCCGCAUUCUGGAGGUUCUAAGCGCGUACGCAUUAGAUAAUAACCCCAAGAAAGAAUGCGAAAUGUUGGAGCUCUUAGAGGAAUUGACCGAGUAUUCAAUCAGUGUUAUUGUUCCACAUAUCCGACUGGUAGUAGAACUCUGUUUAUCAAUUGGUGGCAAUAAGGAAGUGUGCGACGAAGUAAAGAUUAAAGCGAUCGGUGUACUUGGCUGGUUAAUACGGUCUAAAAGCAAAGCAAUGCAAAAGGAACAUUUAAUUGAACCGAUAAUUGACGCGAUGAUCAAAGUGAUGUCGUUAAAACCAAACUUGGAGGACACCGAACCCGACGCCGAAGAUUACUACCAAGGCGAUCCGGAUGAAUACACGCCCACCACCAUUGCGACGCAAACAUUAGACAUGGUGGCCUUGCACGUGCCUCCCGAGAAAGUGAUUCCGGCGUUUUUGAGCAGAAUUGAGCCCGCGGUACAAGGUAACGAUAUGUACGCACAAAAGGCGGCCUACUUGGCUCUGGCGGUAUUGGCCGAAGGCUGCUCGGAGUAUAUACGCAAAAAAUAUUUGGAACCCCUGCUUAAAUGCGUUUGCGGCGGAAUUACCAGUCCCCAUCUCUUUGUCCGUAAUGCAGCUCUGUUUGCGUUAGGGCAGUUUGCUGAACAUUUACAGCCGGAAAUAAGCCAAUACGCAUCCGAACUGCUUCCGGUUCUCUUCGAGCACCUCUCCGAUAUAUACAAACUGCUCCAAUCCGAAUCCGCCCUCCCCUCCAGCCUCGAUCGCAUCUUCUACGCCCUGGAAACGUUCUGCGAAAACCUCGACCAAGGUCUCGAGCCGUACAUGCCGACCCUAAUGGAUCGACUUUUCACGGCCUUGGAUCCGAACCACAGCUCGAUGCAGUUGAAAAAGAUGGGCUUCGACGCGGUCAGCUCGGCCGCGUGCGCCGUCAAGGAGGGUAUGCUGCCGUAUUUCCCGCGCGUCUUGGAAAUCAUUAACGUUUACGUGAACGCGGAUCCGACCACCGAGAAUUUUCACGUUCUCUGCGACGCGCUAGAUUGCCUGGCGGCCAUCGCGCAGAAUAUUGGGAAUGAUAAUUUCCGACCGUUAGCGCAGGAAACCUUGCAGUUGGGGUUGCGAAUUCUGGAUAACAGUGCCGAUCCUGAUAAUCGUAGAGCGGCGUAUGCGUUGGUUGGGGCGCUUGCGGUAGUGCUUAAGGAGGAAUUGAGUCCUGUGCUUCCGAAUGUCGUCGAGCAAAUGAUUGGGACAAUCCAAAGCAGUGAGGGUAUCGAGACUUUGUACAAUGACGAAGAGAAAGAUGGAGUCGAUUUGUACGACGACACCGAAUCUGACAAUGACCUCGAGGAGGACAUAGAGAUCUUAUCGUCGACCACUGACGAUAGCGAGCAAUGCAAAUUUAUGGUCGAAAAUUCGUACGUCGAUGAAAAAGAGCAGGCGUGUAGAACUUUGAAGGAGUUGUGUGUUAAUGUUGGGGCCCCUUUUCUGCCUUUCCUAGACAAAAGCUUUCAGGAGGUGUUUAAGUUGCUCAAUUUUCCCCAAGAUGACAUGCGCAAGGCAGCCGUGGACACUUUGCAAGAAUUUUGCAUUAUGCUCAACAAGGUGAAUACGGACGAAGGCAAGCAAGGGCUGCACCAAGCCCUGCAGAUGUUUAUUCCGAAGUGUGCCGAAAUAAUACGCUUUGAUGAAGAGAGACAAGUGGUGAUGUGCGCACUGGACGCCUACGCCAAUUUGUUGGCGGAACUGAAGGGCGUGGUUUUGACCGGUGAUGGGCAUCGUGAGGCGAUUAUGAAUUGCGUCAUCGAUGUUCUCAACUUAAAGACGGCUUGCCAAGACGCCGAUGUUGAAACUGGCGAUGGAGGAGAGGAAGAGACUGAAGCCGAACAAGACGAACUUCUCCUGGAAUAUGCGGGCGAUGUUAUACCUAAAUUCGGAAGAGCAAUUAAACCGGACGAUUUUAUGUUGUAUUUCCCAAAUAUAUUGACGCUAGUUGGAAGUCGAACCAAAAAACGUAACAGCGAAAGCCAAAGGUCUUUUUCAUAUGGUACAUUGGCUGAAUGUAUGGAACCCCUUGGCCGCUACAUUGAGAAAUAUCUAGAUCAGCUGUUGAAGUUAUGGUUUGCUGGUGGGAAGGAUAGUAGUGACGAAGUUAGGAAUAAUUCUAUAUAUGGACUUGGUGAGAUGGUGCUUCAUGGAAGAGAUUGUGUAUUUCCAUAUUACGGUGACAUUUUACAAGCACUAUCGACACUAGUAACAAAAGAGUCGCACGCGGGUACUUUGGAUAACAUUUGCGGUGCUUUAGCUAAACUUAUCAUUGCCAAUCCUUCUUUGGUGCCUUUAGAUCAGGUGUUUCCCGCCUUCAUGGGAAGGCUUCCUCUUAGAGAGGACUUUCAAGAAAACGAAUCCGUGGUGAAAUGUUUUUACGGAUUAUACCAACAGGGCAACGCGGUUUUACGGCAGCAUCUCGCCGGAGUCGUCAAAGUUGUCGCCCACAUUUACGCUAACGAACAGACGCCCAACGACGACACGAAACAAUUAACUGUAGAAUUUUUGAAAACGAUGAACAGAGAUUUCAAUCAAGAGUUUGCCGUCGCCGUCAGCUCGCUAGGUCCGACUGUAACGCAAAAGUUACAGCACUUGUUGUCAUCGUGAGAGAACUCUAAAUCUCUAAAUUAUUUAAAUGUUUUUAUAUAUACCAAAAAGAAUGUGGCAAGUUUCUAUGUUAACUGUUGCAACGGGAACUUAUUUAGAAGAAAUUGCAGCAUAUUUUUUAUACAGAAAAUAGCUAGGAAAGGAUGAGUGAAAAUUUGAUUAAUUUUCUAUAAUGGACUUUUGUUGUUUUGUUUUUUUUUACUGCGCUCUGUUAGUUUUGCAUUACCUCUCAACUUUAUGACUGUCAAUAUUAACUGAUUGUGAUGUUAUGGAUGCAGUUUCUUGUUCAUUGUUUAAACUUAACUGUUACUCUAAUUGCUUAUAUUGAUUGAAUAAAUAAUACAAAUUUG